ACGAAAUCAUGUCAGUAUUGAUCUGCAGUUUUUUGACUUUACUGAUAGUUGUAUUAUCGUAUGCACAACAUCCACUGCUUCUGGUUUCUUUAGACGGUCUUGGAUGGCAAUUUACCGGYGGMAAAAAUACGACCAACCUCAACUUCAUUGAAAAAAAUGGCGUCAAAGCAAGCUACAUGGUUACMGUUACACCGACCAAGACCUGGCCAACACAUCAAACAUACUUGACUGGUUUGUAUCCAGAAAGCCAUGGUAUCAUUUCCAAYAGUUUUUGGGAUCCUGUUUACCAGCAAAAAUUCAUUCUCCAGUACGACUGCACCAACUUUGAUCCAAAGUUUUACAAAGACGCCGAGCCGAUUUGGUUGACGGUCCAGAAACAGGGWUACCGCUCAGCAAUGUAYUAYUGGCCAGGGUAUUACAGUUAUGAARAGARACCAAGUCUAUAURUAAAACCUAAUUGUUCAGUGAACUGUACAGARCUGAACAGYAAUCCUUGGAAAUUGCGAAAACAUCGUAAAAGAACUCGCGAAGKUUGGCCUCCCUAUAUCCACUGUAUUGCAGACCACASUGUUCCUUAUCGCAAACGUAUUGACAAACUCGUCGGAUGGUUGAGCCAAAGCAAUCCACCACAUUUUUCAACCUUUUACGUUGGUCAACCGGACGYUACAGGUCAUUCAUAUGGUAUCAAAAGUAGGCAAUUUGUCAAAGCCGUGAGAAAAGUCGACAAAGAUGUAGUUGGAUACUUAAUUGAAAGCCUUAAAAAAGCCAAAUUAUUCGACAAAAUCAAUUUGAUCUUUGUUUCUGAUCAUAGCUUGGUAGAAACCUCGUCGGAUAAAGURAUCUACUURAGUGAUUAUCUAGACACAAGGAYGUUCAAUAAAACUGAUGGCGUCGUAGGGCACAUAUGGACAUUGAAGGGUAAAGAGGACGAGAUUUACGCAAACCUUACGAAGGCCAAARCACGUCUGCCUAUGAGGRUUUACAAGAAAGAAGAGAUUCCCGAAUGUUUUCAUUUUAAAAACAAUCGUCGCAUCCCKCCGAUAUAUAUUGAACCGGAUCUUGGAUGGAUCGUGAAAACCAAGCGACCYGCAUUCGUAUCAARUUGGAKAAAAGCRGGACACGGAUGGGAGGCAAGGAAAGAACUCGGAGCUAUAUUCUACGCCCACGGUCCUUCAUUCAAGCGGGGUUACAAAACAAAGGGGCCAKUACGGGCGAUUGACCUCUACCCUCUGAUGUGCCAUCUYCUUGGAAUCAAUCCGUUGCCCAAUAACGGCUCGCUUGAGAAUAUGAAGGAUAUGUUGGUAGCUGAUCCUCAUAGCUCAGUGGGGUCACAUUUACUUCAUUUCCUAUCCAUAAUUGUUUGUCUCAUGUUAGCAAAUCCUUUUCAAGUGCAUCUGUUGUUGUUUACAUAAAAAACGUUUUAGAAUCGUUUACACCUGAACAUGUGCAGGGAGGAUCACGUUAUGCUCGGUCCUCGUUUUUAAUUAAAAUUACAGUGUCCUACUACGAACUUAAACAUAAACAUCACUUAUUUUACAAACAUAAAAUGCGUUUUGUUUAAUGUCUACAUGUAUAUUUAUUUAUUAUUAUGAUAAACAGACGAUCAAACAUCUUAGCAACGACGAAUAAUGGUUAUCAAAGCACAGCCGUUUGAAAUUGUUAUUUGAUUUAUCGCAACUUUUUUUUUUUUCUUCGUCUUAAUAUAUUUAUUAGUACAUUACUACAUUAAUUAGUACAUUACUACUAGAUAAUAAUAACUAAAUAUUAUAAGUUACUUGUGUAUCGUAAAAUAAUAAUAUAAAAAACUGAAAAAAAAGGAGAAAUCAUAAGCUAAUGACUUGAAUUCUUA